GCGCAGCCUCAUAACUCCCCCGCAAUCACAUAUAUUUUAUUCACAAUCAUCCAUAAUUAAUCACCACCAUCAAAUGCUUCGAGAAUAAUUAAAAAAUGAUUCUGAGGUUGCUCAUUUUCACAGCGUUGGCUGUAACAACCGCCAAUUCAAGUACGCGGCAACAGUCAACGUUUCAUUCAAUUCAAGUUGACUCACCGCCAUCAGUUCGUUCUCGAAUAAUAUCUGCAUCAGUAAACACAGCUUCAUCAGUAUGCAACGAGAAUGACUUUAGAUGUAACGAUGGAAAAUGUAUACGUACCGAAUGGAAAUGUGAUGGAUCUGGUGAUUGUUCAGAUGGCGAGGAUGAAAAAGAUUGCCCACAUCCUGGCUGUAAAUCUGAUCAAUGGCAAUGUGAUACCUACACAUGGCACAGUGUCUCAUGUAUUGCCGAAUAUCAAAGAUGUGAUAACAUCACUGAUUGUGCAGAUGGAUCAGAUGAAAAGGAUUGUCCUGCUUCAACUGUGGACUGCAGUUCCCAAAAUGUAUUUAUGUGUGCUGAUGGGAGACAAUGUUUUGAUGUGUCGAAGAAAUGUGAUGGAAAAUAUGAUUGUAGAGAUUUAAGUGAUGAAAAGGAUUCUUGUUCCCGAAAUCACACAGCCUGCUUCCAAUAUCAAUUCCGUUGUGCUGAUAAGACUCAAUGCAUUCAGAAAUCAUGGGUUUGUGAUGGAUCGAAAGAUUGUGCUGAUGGAUCUGACGAACCUGACACUUGUGAAUUCAAAAAGUGUACGGCCAAUGAAUUCCAAUGCAAGAAUAAACGUUGUCAACCUCGAAAAUUCCGUUGUGAUUACUAUGAUGAUUGUGGUGAUAACUCGGAUGAAGAUGAAUGUGGAGAAUACAGAUGUCCACCUGGAAAAUGGAAUUGUCCUGGUACUGGGCAUUGUAUUGAUCAAUUGAAACUUUGUGAUGGAUCAAAGGAUUGUGCUGAUGGAGCUGAUGAGCAACAGUGUUCGCAAAACCUGUGCCCAUCACUUGGUUGUCAAGCAGGUUGCCAUCCAUCACCACAUGGAGGUGAAUGUACGUGCCCAAGUGGAUAUAAACUCGAUGAUCGUUUCCAUAGAACAUGUUCUGAUAUCAACGAAUGCGCUGAAUUUGGAUAUUGUGAUCAAUUAUGUGCAAAUCAUCGUCCAGGCUUCACAUGCUCAUGUCUUGGAGACUGUUUUACACUUCAAAUGGAACAUGGUCCAGGAAAAGAUAACCUGACAAUGAGAGGAUAUUGUGUAUCAAAUAAUGCUGAUAAAAUGAAACUUUUCGUUGCAAGAAGAGAGGGUCUCUACAGAUUAAAUCCUAAAAAUCCAGAUGAAGAAGUCAAGAAAUUGGCUUCUGGAGAAUUCAUUUAUGGUAUUGACUUUGAUUAUGGAGAUCGUAAAAUCUUCUGGACUGAUCGUCUUGCUCAUUCUGCAUUCAGUGCUGAUGUUGAUGAUGAGGGAGAAAUUUCACAAAUCAAAAAGUUGAGCUUGAAAUCUCUUGUCUAUCCACGUUGCCUUGCCGUUGAUUGGAUUACAAAUACCCUUUACAUCAUUGAGUCUGGAUCAAGAAGAAUUGAUGUAUCAUCAUAUGAUGGAGAACGAAGAACAGUUCUUCUUGCUGAUGGCCUUACACUUCCACUUGAUAUUGCUCUUGAUCCACUCAGAGGAGAAAUGUUCUUCACAAAUCAGCUCAAACUUGAAGCAGCUGCAAUGGAUGGAACAAAUCGUCGAACAUUAGUGAACACACAUACUCAUCAAGUAUCUGGAAUUGUUGUGGAUAUAACUGCAAAGAGGGUUUACUGGGUUGAUCCUAAAGUUGAUCGACUUGAAAGUAUUGAUUAUCAGGGAAAUGAUCGUCGAAUUGUUGCUCAAGGAAUGAACGUUGUCCCACAUCCAUUCGGCUUGGCACUAUUUGAUCAAUAUCUUUAUUGGACUGAUUGGACUCGUCUCGGAGUAAUUCAAGUCGAAAAAUUCGGAUCCGAUACUAAAUUGUUGUGGAGUAACACUGAGAAUAAUGUAUUCCCAAUGGGAAUAUCUGCAUACCAUCCAAUGGCUCAACCAGGUCCUGGACAAUCUGAAUGCCUUGCAAUGAAAAUUGAGAAUCCAUGCACAAACGCAGAUUGUGAAGGAAUGUGUAUUCUAUCAAAGGAUAAUGGAGGUUUUGGUGUUGGAUAUAAAUGUGCAUGUCCAAUUGGUCAAAAACUAGUAAAUGGAAAGAGAUGUAUUGAUUCAAUUGAUUAUUUGCUAUUCUCAAGCAAUAAAAUUGUGAGAGGAAUAUUCCCAGAAAUCAAUGAAAAAGCUCUUGCUGAAGCUGUUCUACCAAUUUCUCCAAUAUCACAACGAAGAAUUGGAAUGUAUUUUGAAGUUGAAUGUGAUGUUCAUGGAAAUUCAUUCUUCUAUGCUGAUAUUAUGGAUAAUACUAUCUACAGAAUCCGUCCUGAUGGAGAAGGAGCUGCUCCAGUUCUUGUAACCCAUAAUGAUGGACUAUUCUCAAUGUCAUUUGAUUGGAUCAGCAAACAACUUUACUAUGUUGAUAAUAUCAGAAAUAGUCUUGAAGUUGUGAAGAUUGGAGAAACUGGAUUAGUUCAUCCAGACGAACUUGUUCGCCGUCAACUUAUUACAGAACUUCGUGAUCCAGUUUCAGUCGUUGUACAUCCAUGGAAAGGACUCUUAUUCUAUGCAGAGGCAAUGCGACCCGCUGCAAUCUACAGAUGCCACAUUGAUGGACAAAACUGCCAAGUUAUCCGUAACACCACUCUUGGCCGCCCAUCUGAAAUGGCUAUCGACUUUGCUGAAAAUCGUCUUUGCUGGGGAGAUACUCUUCUGAAAACGAUUUCAUGCAUGGACUUUGAUGGAAAGAAUGUGGUUAAGCUUGAUAUUGAUAACCCGAUUCCAGUUGCAAUUACAAUUAUGAAUGAAUACAUUUAUUAUGUACAUCAACGACCAUAUUCAAUUAGAAGAGUUCAUAAGAAGAAUGGAGGAGGAAGCAAGAUUGUUCGAGAGUUUGGAGCUGAUGAAAGAUCAAUCUUCUCUCUCAAAGCUUGUUCCCAUCAAAAUCAACCAAUUCCUGAUGAUUCACGAGAACAUCCAUGUCGUGCUUCUCAAUGCACUCAACUUUGUUUUGCAACUCCUUCGGAAUCUCAUCCAAACGAGCUUGAAGCAAAAUGUGCAUGUCGUCAAGGAUUUAUGAUCAAUAAGGAAAAUAACCAUAGUUGUCAGAAAGAUCCCGCUGAGAAAAUUGAGCAAUUGUGCUCAUCGAACUCAACACAAUUCCAGUGCAAGAAUGGAAGAUGUAUUCCAAAAGAAUGGAAAUGUGAUGGAGAAAAUGAUUGUUUGGAUGAAUCAGAUGAAAUUGAUGAGAAAGGAGACAAAUGUUUUCAUGAAACAGAAUGCGCAGAGAAUACAAUUAAAUGUAGAAAUACGAAAAAGUGUAUUCCAGCUCAAUACGGUUGUGAUGGUGAUAAUGAUUGUGGAGAUUAUUCUGAUGAAGAUGUUAAAUAUUGUAAAGACGGACAGAAGCCUGUAUGUGCUGCCAAGAAGUUCCAAUGUGACAAUCACAGAUGUAUUCCUGAACAAUGGAAAUGUGACAGUGACAAUGACUGUGGAGAUGGUUCCGAUGAAAAAUUGGAAAUGUGUGGAAAUGCCACAUGUGCUGCCAACCAAUUCUCAUGUGCAAACGGACGAUGCAUUCCAAUUUAUUGGCUCUGCGAUGGUGAUAAUGAUUGUUAUGAUGGAACUGAUGAAGACAAGGAAAGAUGUCCACCAGUUCAAUGCUCUGCUCUUCAAUUUAGAUGUGCAAAUGGUAGACAAUGUGUUCCAUUAAGAAAUCAUUGUGAUGGACAAAGCGAUUGUGAAGAUGGUUCAGAUGAAGAUUCAUGUGCAGUUACAGCAGAAUCUUGUACACCAGAUCAAUUCAAAUGUGUAUCAUCUGGUCUUUGUAUUCCUGCUUCAUGGAAAUGUGAUGGUCAACAGGAUUGUGAUGAUGGCUCCGAUGAGCCAAAGUUCGGAUGUACUAGUGGAAGACAAUGUAGUUCGGAUCAAUUCAAAUGUGGAAAUGGUAGAUGUAUCCUUAAUAACUGGCUUUGCGAUGGUGAGAAUGACUGUGGUGAUGGUUCUGAUGAAUCAUCAGAACGUGGAUGUAAGACUUCAAUGAAUGCAAGAAAAUGUCCAUUUGAACAUGUUGCUUGUGAAAAUGACCAAGAAACUUGCAUUCCACUUCAUCAACUUUGUGAUGGAAAGACCCAUUGUCCUGGUGGAACUGACGAAGGUGGAAGAUGUGCUCGUGACUUAUGCUCUGCUGACAGAGCUGGAUGCUCAUUCAAGUGUCAUAACAGUCCAAAUGGACCAAUUUGCAGUUGUCCAUUCGGUGAACAGCUUGUGAACAAGACCAAAUGUGAGCCAGAAAACGAAUGUUUGGAUUCCAGCAGUUGUUCUCAAAGAUGUAAAGAUGAAAAGCAUGGAUUCACAUGUUCUUGUGAUGAAGGAUAUGAAUUGGAUGUUGAUAAGAGAACCUGUAAGGUUGCUGAUAAUGUGAAGGAUACCAGAAUCUAUGUUUCAAACCGAAAUAGAAUCUACUACAGUGACCAUAAACUUGACAAUUGGCAUACUUUUGGAGCAAUUGUUGAAAAUGCAAUAGCACUUGCUUGGGAUAGUUUAACGGAUCGAAUUUAUUGGUCAGAUAUUCGAGAGAAGAAAAUUUUAUCAGCAAACAGAAAUGGAACAAAUGCAACAGUUUUCAUUGCUGAUGGACUUGAUAUCACUGAAGGAAUUGCUUUGGAUUGGGUUGGAAGAAAUCUUUAUUGGGUUGACUCUUCAUUAAAUACAAUUGAAGUUGCAAAUCUUGAAGAUCCAAAACAAAGAACUCUUCUCGUUCAUCAAAAUGUCAGUCAACCACGUGGAAUUGCUGUUGAUCCACGUAAAGGUGUCAUGUUCUGGACUGAUUGGGGACAGAAUCCAUGUAUCGAGAGAGCUUCAAUGGACGGAACAGAUCGUCAGAUUAUUGUAAAAACAAAGAUCUAUUGGCCAAACACUAUUGCCUUGGAUUAUACUACUGAUCGAGUUUACUUUGCCGAUUCUAAGCUUGACUUUAUCGAUUUUGUGAAUUACGAUGGAAGUGGAAGAACUCAAGUUUUGGCUUCAUCCAAAUUCGUUCAACAUCCACAUGCUCUUGCUAUCUUUGAAGAUAUGAUGUAUUAUUCGGAUAGAAGACUUCAAAAAUUACAAGUUUAUCCAAAAUAUCCAAAUGGAACAACAUCGGAAUACCCAAGUCAUACAUUCAGUAAGGCUUUGGGAGUUGUUGCAGUUCAUCCAGUACUUCAACCAGUUAUCAAGAAUAAUCCAUGUUCAACGAAUCCUUGCAGUCAUCUUUGUCUUCUUAAUAACAAGAACACAUUCACCUGCAAAUGCCCAAUGGGAGAGAAAUUAGAUGCAUCUGGAAAGAAGUGCAUUGACGACGCAAAACCAUUCCUCGUUAUCAUUCAAAAAACUAACGUUUUCGGAAUUGAAAUGAACUCUGCCUCAGAAAAAGAAACCCCAGUUCUCGCUGGAAUGGUUCCACUAUCUGGUCUUGGAAAUGCAUUUGACGCUGCCUAUGAUGCUUUAAGUGAAGAAAUGUUCAUUUUGGAGCAUACAAAUCAUGCCAAAACACUUGCUCAAAUCACGACUGAUUCUGCAAUUUAUCGAAGCACUGUUAACGGUGGAAACAAAACAAAAAUGUUCUCGUCGGCAGUUCCUGAUGAUGCAUAUUGUCUUGGUUUUGAUUGGAAUGGGAGAAAUUUGGUUGUUGGAAACAAGAUUACUCAAACAAUUGAAAUUAUUCGGACUCAAGGAAAACAAUAUCGAUCUGUAAUUCUAUCAAAUGAUCAAUCACCAACUGCCGUAGUGACUCCUGUUGCAAUUGCUGUUGAUGCAGAUAAGGGAUACGUUUUCUGGCUUGAUAGAGGAGGUGGUGCUGCUGAUGCAAAGGUUGCUCGUGCUGGAUUAGAUGGAAGUAAUCCAUUGGUUAUUGCAAGCAAUGAUUUGGCAGAACUCGAUCAUAUUGCAAUUGAUACCACUAAUACAAGAGUUUACUUCUCGGAAGCUAAAGCUGGAAGAAUUUCAUCAGUCACCUACGAUGGUCAAGAUCGUCAUUACGUGCUCAGUGAUGGUGGACGUCAACCAAAUGGACUUGCAUUCUAUGGAGAUCGUCUCUUUUAUGCUGAUUCGGCAUUUGAUUCAAUUGAGGUUGCCACAAUCAAUGGUGAUUCUCAACCACCACAGUGGACACAUUUCAAGAAGGAUGUUGAGAAUUUGGCUAAUAUUAAGGCAUUGCAACCUAGAGCAUCAUCAAGCGGUCACCCAUGUCAUAUUAACAAUGGAAACUGUGAUCAUAUUUGUAUUCCACUUAUGUUUGCCCAGAGGACAUGUACAUGCGCCAAUGGAUAUGUUAAGGAUGGGCAGACUUCGUGUAAACUCUUUGAUGAAUCAUUUGUCAUUGUCGCUACAAAGACCAAGGUUAUUGGAUAUCCAAUCGACGAAACACAAUCAAAAGGAGUUGCAAUGGAGCCAAUCGGAGGAUUAUCCAUCACAGGAGUUGAUUAUGAUUAUGAAUCAAAGACUAUCUACGUGGCAGAAGCAUCUGGAAUUAACAAGGGAAUUACUGCCUACACAAUUGGAGAAUCUUCACCAAGAGCUGUUAUCAGAGAUUCUAUUGGAUCAUUGACAAUCAAGAGUUUAGCAAUUGAUUGGAUUAAUUACAAUAUGUACUUUAUUAAUCAUGAUGCUGAACGUACGAAUAUUGAAGUGUCGAAGUUGGAUGGAACUUAUCGAAAGAUUCUAUUAACUACUAAAACUGAAACUCCAUCAUCUAUUGCUGUUGAUCCAGUUAGUAGAUAUUUGUAUUGGGCUGAUCAAGGACAAAAACCAACAAUUCAAAGAUCUUUCCUUGAUGGAUCAAGACGUGAAGUGAUUGUUUCAUCGGGAAUUGCUGAACCAACUGAUUUAGUUGUGGAUGUUGCCAGUAAAAUGAUUUAUUGGUCGGAUGCCAAGAUGGAUGGAAUCUACCGUGUAAGAAGCACCGGUGGAACGCCAGAACUUGUAAGAUCAGACAUUGCAUCUGCUGCUGGAGUGGCUCUUCACGGACAGAACAUGUACUGGACGGAUAACAGACUUGAAAAACUAUUCCGAGCAACAUCGAAGCCUAAUCAGACAUCUCUUCUCCUUUCUCCAACUACUGUUGCUGCUUCUCUCAAGGAUAUUGGUGACGUGGCAGUCUUCUCAUCCAACAAUCAACCAAGAGCAAGUUCUCCAUGUCAAAUCACAGAUAAUUUGAGAAAGAGUCCAUGUACUCAAUUGUGCUUCGCCACUCCUGGAACUCAAACUCCAACUUGUUCGUGCGCACGUGGUGUUCUGAAGGGAAGAACAUGUGAAGAACCAGACACUUAUAUUAUGUUCUCUGAUGGUGAUAAGAUUAUUGAUGUUGCAAUUGAACCAGAUGUCAAAGCAUCACGUCCAUUGAAGGAUCCAUUCCCAGAGAUUUCCAAUCUUCAAACUUUCGAUGUUGAUGUCAAUUUGAGAAGAGUAUACUUUGUUGUCGAAUCUCCAGUUGGAGUUAACAUUUCUUGGUUCUCAAUGAACAACGCGGAGAAUCCAAGACUCGUGUUUGGAGCUUCAAAGCAACCACAUGCAAAGGAGAUUCGUCAUAUUUCUGAUAUGAAGCUUGAUUGGUUGACACAGAAGAUCUAUUUUACAACUGGAAGAGGUGGAAAAGUGAUGGCAAUUGAUACAGCUGGAGAACAUCUUUCAACAAUUGCAUCCGGAGAUUGGACAUAUGCAUUGGCCAUUGAUCCAUGUUCAGGACUUUUGUUCUGGUCGGAUAGUGGAUAUAAGACAAGUGGAGGUCUUUAUGAACCAAGAAUCGAAAGAUCUAAUCUUGCGGGUGGAAGCCGAAAAGUCAUUGUAUCAGAGUCCAUAUCUCUUCCAGCUGCCAUCGCUGUUGACUUCAGAAAUCAGAAAAUCUACUGGGCAGACGUUAAUCGUUUGAAUAUCGAAGUCGCAGAUUAUGAUGGUCAAAACCGAAAGGUGAUUGCUUCGGGAUAUCGUGCAAAGUCAUUGGAUAUUUGGGAUAGAUGGCUCUACAUGAGUGAUCCUCUCAGUAAUGGCGUCUUCCGUAUCGAUAAGGAAUCUGGUUCAGGCCUCGAGAAUGUGGUUUCUGAUCGUAGAAUCCCAGGUGCUCUUCGUGUAUUUGCGAGCGAAUCAGAUGUUCGUACACGUAAUCAAGUGUGCAAUGCAUUGACUUCUCAACUCUGCAAGACUGAUAAUGGAGGAUGUGAUCAGUUGUGUACUGUCGUUGCUGAUGAUAUUGGAUUGGCUGCAAGCAAGGUUCAAUGUUCAUGUAAUGAUACAUACGAACUUGUACAAGAACCAGGAAAGGACUAUCCAACUCAAUGUGUUCUCCGUGGAAGUAACUCUGAACCUGCAAAAGAAUGUCUUCCACCAUACAAUUUCCAAUGUGGAGAUGGCUCAUGCAUCUUGCUCGGCGCAACGUGUGAUUCUAAACCAGAUUGUGCAGAUGCUUCAGAUGAGAAUCCAAAUUACUGUAACACUCGUUCAUGUCCAGAAGAUUACAAUCUUUGUACCAACCGACGAUGCAUUGAUUCUGCUAAAAAGUGCAAUCACAUUGAUGAUUGUGGAGAUGGAUCUGAUGAACUUGAUUGUCCAUCUGCAGUUGCUUGUGCUGAAGGUACAUUCCCUUGUUCCAAUGGACAUUGUAUCAAUCAGACAAAGGUUUGUGAUGGUCACAAUGACUGUCAUGAUGAACAAGUAUCCGAUGAGUCUCUUGCCACGUGUCCAGGACUUCCAAUCGAUUGUCGUGGAGUGAAAGUUCGUUGUCCAAACACAAACAUCUGUAUUCAACCAGCUGAUCUUUGUGAUGGUUAUGAUGAUUGUGGAGAUAAGGCUGACGAGAAUCAAUUGUUCUGUAUGAAUCAACAAUGUGCUCAACAUUAUGUCAGAUGCCCAUCUGGAAGAUGUAUUCCGGAGACAUGGCAAUGCGACGGGGACAAUGAUUGCUCUGAUGGAUGGGAUGAAACACAUACAAAUUGCACUGAUACUGCAGGAAAGAAGAUUUGUGUUGGAGAUUAUCUAUUCCAAUGCGACAAUCUUAAAUGUAUAUCCAGAGCAUUUAUUUGUGACGGAGAAGAUGAUUGUGGAGAUGGAUCAGAUGAACAUUCAAGACAUGGAUGUGGUAACAGAACUUGCACAGAUCAAGAAUUCCACUGUACCUCGAAUGCAAAACUAGCUCAACCAAAAUACGAGUGUAUUCCGAGAGCAUGGCUUUGUGAUGGAGAUGUUACUUGUGCUGGAGGAGAAGAUGAAUCAACUGAACUCUGUAAAACAGAAAAGAAAGAAUGCAAUAAGGGAGAAUUCAGAUGUAGUAAUCAACAUUGUAUUCAUUCAACAUGGGAAUGUGAUGGAGAUAAUGAUUGUCUCGAUGGAUCAGAUGAACAUGCUAACUGUACUUAUUCAUCCUGUCAACCUGAUUUCUUCCAAUGUGCCAAUCAUAAAUGUGUUCCAAAUUCAUGGAAAUGCGAUGGAAAUGACGAUUGUGAAGAUGGUUCAGAUGAAAAAGAUUGUCCAAAGAAUUCUGCAUCUGCACAAAAAGCAUCAAAAUGUUCAAACGGUCAAUUCCAGUGUACUUCAGGAGAAUGUAUUGAUGACGCAAAGGUCUGCGAUAGGAACUUUGAUUGUACUGAUCGAUCCGAUGAAAGCUCUCUUUGUUUCAUCGAUGAAUGCUCACUUGCUGAAAAACCACUUUGUGAGCAGAAAUGUAUGGAUAUGAAGAUUGGAUACAAAUGUGAUUGUUUCGAAGGAUUUGCAAUUGAUAUUUCGGAUCAAAAGAGUUGUCACAAUGUUAAUGAAUGCUAUGAAGGAAUCUCGGGAUGCAGUCAAAAAUGUGAUGAUAAGAUAGGAUCUUACAAGUGUGGUUGUGUCGAUGGAUACCAACUAUCAAGUGAUGAUCACAGCUGUAAAAGAACUGAAAUGGAACCGGAACCAUUCUUCCUGCUUGCAAAUAAACAUUACAUUCGAAAGAUUUCAAUAGAUGGAAAUAAAUAUGAAUUGGCUGCUCAAGGAUUCGAUAAUGUUGUAUCUUUGGAUAUAGAUCUUACUGAGAAGAAGGCAUACUUGAUUGAUCAAGGAAAACUGAGACUUUUGAGGGUUGAUCUUGAUGAAAUGGAUUCUCCACUGUCAUCUUAUGAAACUGUUUUGAGGCAUAAUGUUUAUGGAACUGAAGGAAUCGCUGUUGAUUGGGUCGGAAGAAAACUGUAUAUGCUUAAUCGACAAGAAAGAUCAAUUAGAGUGUGUGAACUUGAUGGAAGAUUCUGUAAAACUCUUAUUCGAGACAGAAUUCAACAACCAAAGGCAAUUGUUGUACAUCCUGGAAAGGGAUAUCUCUUCUUCACUGAAUGGUCUCUUCAACCUUAUAUUGGAAGAAUUGCUCUCGAUGGAUCUCCAGAACUUCAAGAUCCAAUCUUCAAGCUCGCAGAGCAUGAUCUUGGAUGGCCAAAUGCAAUUGCAAUCGAUUAUUUCUCGGAUCGUCUCUUCUGGGGUGAUGCUCAUCUCAACGAGAUUGGAUUCAUGGACUUUGAUGGAAAUGGUAGAAGACACAUUCCUGCUCAACGUACCAGUCAUGUUUCAUCAAUGGUUGUCUUUGAUGAUUAUUUGUAUUGGGCUGAUUGGAAUUUGAGAGAAGUUCUGAGAUGUGAUAAGUGGACAGGAAAGAAUGAAACUAUUCUCAAGAAGACUGUUCAACUUCCGAAUGAUUUGAGAAUUGUUCAUCCGAUGAGACAACCCGCGUAUCCAAAUCCAUGUGGAGAUAAUAAUGGCGGAUGCUCACAUCUUUGUCUUAUCGGAGCUGGAGGAAAUGGAUACACAUGUUCAUGUCCAGAUCAAUUUGUAUUACUCUCUGAUCAGAAGACUUGUGAGCCAAAUUGUACUGAAAGACAAUUUGCGUGUGGUGGAGACGAUGCCAAGUGUAUUCCAAAACUUUGGUAUUGUGAUGGAGAACCAGAUUGCCGUGAUGGAUCCGAUGAGCCUGGAGAGAGCAUCUGUGGCCAGAGAAUCUGUCCUGUUGGAGAAUUCCAAUGCACAAAUCACAAUUGUACUCGGCCAUUCCAAAUCUGCGAUGGAAACGAUGAUUGUGGUGACAGUUCCGAUGAGCAAAACUGUGAUAAGGCUUGUGAUCCAUGGAUGUUUAAGUGUGCAGCUACAGGAAGAUGUAUUCCAAGAAGAUUCACGUGUGAUGGUGAUGAUGAUUGUGGUGAUAGAUCAGAUGAAGCUGAUACUUUAUGUAUGUCAGCAGAAAGAAAUUGUACUGCCGAAGAAUUCAGAUGUAAUAAUAACAAAUGUAUUGCAAAGGCAUGGAGAUGUGAUAAUGAUGAUGAUUGUGGAGAUGGUUCUGAUGAAACACCUGAAUGUGCUCAAAUUGAAUGCAAGAAAGGAUGGACUAGAUGUUCAUCUUCUUACAGAUGUAUUCCAAAUUGGGCAUUCUGUAAUGGACAAGACGACUGUCGUGACAAUUCUGAUGAGGAUAAGCAACGUUGUCCUACUUGUGAUGAUGUUGGAGAGUUCCGAUGUGCAACAAGUGGAAAAUGUAUUCCAAGACGUUGGAUGUGUGACACUGAAAACGAUUGUGGAGAUAACUCCGAUGAAUUGGACGCAAGUUGCGGUGGAACCACUCGUCCAUGUUCAGAAUCCGAAUUCCGAUGUAACGAUGGAAAAUGUAUUCCUGGAAGUAAAGUGUGUGAUGGAACAAUUCAAUGUUCGGAUGGACUUGAUGAAUCUCAAUGUACACUUAGAAGAUGUUUACCUGGACAUAGACAAUGUGAUGAUGGAACAUGUAUUGCUGAACAUAAAUGGUGUGAUAGAAAGAAAGAUUGUCCAAAUGCUGCUGAUGAAUUGCAUUGUGAAGAUGUGUCUCGCCGUACUUGCUCUCCAUUCGAAUUUGAAUGUGCCAACUCCGUGUGCAUUCCACGUAAAUUCAUGUGUGAUGGUGACAAUGAUUGUGGAGACAACUCAGAUGAAACAUCAUCAGAAUGCAGAAGUGCUCAAUGUGAUCCACCACUUCGAUUCAGAUGUGCUCAUUCUCGUCUCUGCUUGAAUAUUCUUCAACUUUGCAAUGGUUUCAAUGAUUGUGGGCCAAAUGAUUUCUCCGAUGAGCAUUUGUCAAUGUGCUCAAGCUUCUCAGAAUACGGUGAUUGUUCAUCUGAUCAAUUCAAGUGUGCCAAUGGAAAAUGUGUGAAUGGAACAGUGGCAUGUGAUAGAAAGGAUGAUUGUGGAGAUGCUUCUGAUGAAAUUGGAUGCUCAAAGCACGGAGGAAAGACAAGCUGCGAAGCCUUCGGUAACAACGGUGGUUGCAAACAUAUCUGUACGGAUGUCCGUGAUGGAUUCUACUGUCAUUGUCGUGAUGGAUUCCGUCCAGAUCCACAGAGUCCAAAGGAAUGUAUUGAUAUUGAUGAAUGUGCUGGAAACAAUACUUGUACUCAAUUGUGCUUGAACACUAAAGGAUCAUAUCUGUGUAGAUGCCACGAGGAUUAUGAGAACAAUGUAGUUGUUGGAUCAAUGACUGGAAAGGAUUGCCGUGCAAAGGGAGAUGCUGCAAAUGUAAUGAUUGGAGCUGAUGAUUCUCUUGUUCAAUUAUCACUUCAUGGAUCUGGUACAAAUAGACAUGCAGCUGCAAAAGCAAAUGAUGAUGAUAAUGAUAUCAUUGGAAUUGCAUUUGAUCCAAGAAAAGAAUUGAUGUACUGGAUUGAUGGAAGUGAACGAACUAUUUAUAGAUCAGCAAUUGCAAAUGGAAAUCAAAGUCAUGAAGGACAGAAAUUGGAUGUUGACUUUGCAGCAAUGGGUGUAGUUCCGACUGCAAUUGCAGUUGACUAUACAACUGGAAAUUUGUUCAUCGCAGCUGUUUCUGAGAAUAUCGAAAAUGGACUUGUAACUGCAAGAAAGAAGAGAAUGUCUGAACCAAUCGAUAAUCAAAAUACUGGAUUCAUUUUUGUCUGUCUUCCGGAUGGACGUUACCUCAAAAAGAUUGUCGCAGGACAUCUCCAACAACCAACUGCACUCAUCACAGCUCCAUCUGCCGGAAGAAUCUGUUAUUCUGAUGCAGGACUUCAUGCAAAAAUAGAAUGUGCUGAUAUGGAUGGAACACAUCGUCAAAUCAUUGUUAAAGAUCUUGUAUUCUCUCCAACUUCAAUGGCAAUCGAUGAAGGAAAGGGAAAUCGAAUCUAUUGGGUCGAUCCAAAAUACAGAAGAGUUGAUGCAGUGAAUAUUGAUGGAAGUGAAAGGACUACUGUAGUUCAUGAUAGACAUAUUCCAUAUGCAGUUGAUGUAUUUGAGAAUCAUAUUUACUGGUUGAGCAGAGAAUCAAAAACUCUUUAUGUUCAAGAUAAAUUCGGAAGAGGAAGAGUUUCAGUGUUGGCAUCUGACUUGGAAGAUGGUCAUACUGUAAGAGUAAGUCAAAAGUAUGCAAAGGAUACUCAACGAACAGUUAGUGGAUGUGAAAGAGCUCAAUGUUCUCAUCUCUGUGUUUCUCUUCCUUCAACUGGAUUUGCAUGUCUCUGCCCAGAUGGAAUCGUUCCUCAACUUGAUGGAUCAUGUGCAACACAACAUGUUGAAGCACUUACAAUGCCAAAACAAUGUAAAUGUACAAAUGGAGGAAAAUGUCGAUUGGAUGGUUCAUGUGAAUGUACAUCUGAUUUUGAAGGAGAUCAAUGUGAAAAGGAAUCAAGUGUCAGUCGAAAGAUUAUUGGAACUCUUUCUGAGAAUUUCAUUACCGUUCUACUUUAUAUUCUUGCAUUCCUAUUUGCAUUUGGACUUAUUGGAUUCUGUGCAUUGAAUCUCUAUAAGAGACGUCAAUUGCUAUUUAAGAAGAAUGAAGCUGCUGAUGGAAGUGUUUCAUUCCACGGAAAUGUUAUCUCUUUCAGUAAUCCAGUUCUAGAAAACAAACAGGAUGCACCAGGAAGUGAAUUCAAUAUGCAACAGAUGACAUCAAUGCACGACGAUUCGACAACAUUCACGAAUCCAGUGUAUGAAUUAGAAGAUGUUGAUAUGUCAUCACCACCACCAUCAAAUGAUCAGCCAUCCACGUCAGCAUCUGCAAUGUCACCAAACAGACCAUCAACGUCUGCUGCGUCAUCUUUUGUGCCACCAACAUUUGAUCAAGAUGAGAUUGAAUUAAAGACUGCUGAUGAGAUUAUUGUCCCAAAAGCGGAAAUCUCGAAGCCACCAAUUCCAGCUCGACCCAAAAAGGAGAAAGCUGAUCCUCUACGAGUAGACAAUCCACUUUAUGAUCCAGAUUCAGAAGUUUCUGAUGUCUAAUUCUCUUUCUCUCGUAUUCUAAUCAAAACUUCUCUGAUUCUCCACUCUGUGAUACGUUUUUUUUUUCAUAUUUUGUACAUGAUUUUCCUAUAUUUUUCAGUUUUUUUUGUUUCAAAUGUUUUUCCCAAAAAAAAUUCCUCUUCUCAAAAGUGCCUUCCCCCACACAUUUGCUCCCUGUAACUCAAUUUUGUGCCCAUUUAGAUAUUAUUUUCACUAGAAAUUUCCAUAUCUUUUCCCCUCCAUCCCCGAUCCCCGCGUGGUAUUGAUCACACGUGUAAGCUUCUCACUUUUUUUUUCAUAUUUUCACCAAAAUUUCUAUUAGAAUCAUAAAUAAUAAUAAAUUAUUAUAAACUU